AUGUAUAUUACAGAGGUUAGGUGUGGGCCCGAUAGGCACGAUCAGGAUGAUAUCAGAGAUAAAAAGAAGAUGGAUCUAGGUGAGGUUCCUUGCAUGUAUUGCCUAGAACACAUGGACAAGGACCCCCGAAUCCCUUGCAUCACCGACCAGUCGCCGAACUGUUGCCUACUGUGCGCCCAUGACAAAAAGAAGUGUGGCUCUAUUCCCCGCGAGCUUUGGGGUGCUGCCCAGGCCUCGUGGAACGACGUUCACAAUCUUUGCGACGAUAUCAUCGCCGACCCUUCUUCGUACACCCGCUGCCAGAUCUGGCGCGCCAACCGUGCCGUCAAGGAUGUGGCACGCAGGAGCUUGCCUCCAACCGAGAGCUACUAUCCCUGCUCUGCCUCCAAGGCUGGAGCCCAGAUGAACCUCUCCGAGAUGACCAGUCGUAUCGCUGCUGCCGCCCCCGUCUACAUUCGUGACGAUACUCCUGCCCAGCUACUGCUUAAGGCGAUCGAUCGCCUAGAUGGCGCCGAAAACAACCCGAGAACCGAUAUCGAGGUUGAGGGUAGUAACCGUGACAUUGUGGGUGGUCUCGGCGAGCUAUACGACGUCGCUGAUCAGGCUAUCGAUGAUGGCAACCCCGGUCCUACUUGUCCUGUUUCCUUCGUUGGCCAGGGUCCUCGUCUCCGAGGCCCCGCCGACCCUUCGUCGACUCCUGGUGGCCGCAAGCGUGCUCGUCCUGCUAAUAGUGGCGAUAAUAACGAUAAGGCUCCCGAUCCUUCGCCGAGCAGACCCCCCAAGAGGGCCCGCAAGACUCGCAGCCAAACUGCUCGUAGCGGAGGUCGUGGUGGUCGUGGUGGUGGUCGUGGUGGUGCCAACAAUAACCCUUGA